UGUGUUCGGACCAUGGUCCGUUGUUACACGACGCACGAAAGGCGGAGCAGCUAACUCCAAGAGAUGGGCGGUUCUAUUCACAUGCCUUUCUACUCGUGGAGUACACAUAGAAGUCAUCGAAGAGCUUAGUUCAUCAUCCUUUAUAAAUGCAUUUAAGCGUUUUAUGGCUAUCAGGGGACCCGUUAAGAUUGUGAGAUCUGACCGUGGUACGAAUUUCGUUGGUGCUACAGACGAUCUCUGCAUAGACACAGUUAAGGUAGAGGAUCAUCCUGUCAAGGACUUCCUGUAUGACAGUGGAGUAGUUUGGAUAUUCAACCCUCCUCACGCAUCCCACAUGGGUGGUGUGUGGGAGAGGCUGAUAGGGGUUACGCGCAGAAUUCUGGAUGCCAUGCUUCUUGGAACGCCUGGAAAAGCAUUGACGCAUGAAGUCCUUACUACCUUCUUAGCUGAGGUAUCUGCGAUUAUUAACUCUCGCCCGCUUGUUGGUGUGUCAUCUGAUCCAGAAGAUCCUUAUCAUCUAAGUCCAUCUUUGCUUCUCACACAAAAGCCAGACGUCCUUGUUCCAGCCGGGCUUUCGUUUGACGAAAAAGACUCGUAUAAGGUUCAAUGGAAAAAAGUGCAGUACCUGGCAGAUGUCUUUUGGUCCAAGUGGAAGAAACAAUACCUCCAGACACUUCAGGAGCGGCAAAAAUGGCAGACAAACAACAAAGAUCUGCGUGUUGGUGAUGUCGUCCUUCUGAAGGAUGAGUUACAGAACAGAAUUUACUGGCCCAUGGGUCUUGUGACGAGAACCUUUCCUGGAUCGGAUGGAAGAGUACGAAAGAUAGAAGUCCGCAUCAUACGUGAUGGGAAACCCACAGAAUAUGUUCGACCGGUGAACCAAGUUGUUCUCUUGAUAUCUGAAACCUAGUUGAUAUCUGCGAUAUCAGGCGGGGAGUGUUCCGCCACAGCUUCCAUACCUGACUUUCCCCAUGUGCUAACGGGGUACAUGUGCUUCCGGCGAAGCAAUAUGUGUUCAUGUUUUUGUUUCGGGAAGCUGACCACAGUCUUUUUACCAAUCAUUUACCAAUAAAGUCAGUCAACACUUUAGAGGUCUAGUGGUUUAUUCUGGCUGCGGGUUCCGUACCGUGGGGCAGCACA